CGGCGGCGAGUGGCCCGUCAGUGGCCGGUCCGGCAGUGCCCGGUCCUCCGCGCAGCCCCGGGCGUUAGGCGGGGCGAGCCCGUGCCUCCGGCCGCCGAGCCGGCCCGGGGCGGGAUGUAGGGCGCUGGGCGCGGAGGCCGCCGGCGCGGCGGGGUGGGCGCGGAGGGCGCGCCGAGGAUGGAGAGAGCGAUGGAGCAGCUCAACCGCCUGACGCGCUCGCUGCGCCGCGCGCGCACCGUGGAGCUGCCGGACGAUAAUGAAACUGCUGUUUAUACAUUAAUGCCAAUGGUUAUGGCUGAUCAACACAGGUCUGUUUCUGAGCUACUAUCAAAUUCAAAAUUUGAUGUCAAUUAUGCAUUUGGACGUGUGAAAAGAAGCUUGCUUCACAUUGCAGCAAAUUGUGGAUCGGUGGAAUGCUUGGUCCUGCUAUUAAAGAAAGGAGCAAAUCCUAACUAUCAAGAUAUUUCAGGAUGUACACCCCUUCAUUUGGCAGCUAGAAAUGGGCAGAAGAAAUGCAUGAGUAAAUUAUUAGAAUACAGUGCUGAUGUCAACAUUUGUAAUAAUGAAGGCCUUACAGCAAUACACUGGCUCGCAGUGAAUGGGCGGACAGAACUACUCCAUGACCUUGUGCAGCACGUCAGUGACGUCGACGUUGAGGAUGCGAUGGGGCAGACAGCACUGCAUGUCGCCUGCCAGAAUGGUCACAAGACGACAGUGCAGUGCUUGCUAGACAGUGGUGCUGAUAUUAACAGGCCAAAUGUAUCUGGAGCCACUCCAUUGUACUUUGCUUGCAGUCAUGGUCAGAGAGACACAGCACAAAUUCUUCUGUUACGAGGAGCUAAAUAUCUGUCAGAUAAAAAUGGAGUAACGCCUCUGGAUUUAUGUGUACAGGGUGGCUAUGGAGAGACUUGUGAAGUAUUAAUUCAGUAUCACCCUAGGCUUUUCCAGACAAUUAUUCAAAUGACACAGAAUGAAGAUCUCCGAGAAAACAUGUUACGGCAAGUUCUGGAACAUUUGUCUCAGCAAAGUGAAAGCCAGUACCUAAAGAUUCUAACAAGCCUUGCUGAAGUUGCCACAACAAAUGGGCAUAAACUGCUUAGUCUGUCUAGUAAUUAUGAUGCUCAGAUGAAGAGCCUCUUAAGGAUUGUGAGGAUAUUUUGUCAUGUCUUUCGAAUUGGUCCAUCCUCUCCCAGUAAUGGAAUCGAUUUGGGCUACAACGGGAAUAAAACUCCAAGAAGCCAAGUGUUCAAGCCUCUUGAAUUGCUUUGGCACUCAUUAGAUGAAUGGCUAGUUUUAAUAGCUACAGAAUUGAUGAAAAACAAAAAGGACUCCACGGAUAUCACUUCUAUUUUACUGAAACAAAAAGGCCAAGAUCAAGAUGGUACUUCCAUUCCUCCAUUUGAACCUCCAGGACCUGGGAGCUAUGAAAAUCUAUCCACUGGCACAGGAGAAUCUAAACCAGAUGCUCUUGGAGGGAAACAGGAAGCCAGUGCAGACUGUCAGGAUGUUAUUUCUAUGACAGCUAACCGGCUAAGUGCUGUCAUUCAAGCUUUUUACAUGUGCUGUUCUUGUCAGAUGCCUCCAGGAAUGACCUCACCCCGUUUCAUUGAAUUUGUCUGCAAACAUGAUGAAGUUUUAAAAUGCUUUGUUAAUAGAAAUCCCAAAAUUAUAUUUGAUCACUUUCAUUUCCUCCUUGAAUGUCCUGAGUUGAUGUCAAGAUUCAUGCAUAUCAUAAAAGCACAGGAAUUUUCUGUAACUUGGAGGUGGUUCACAAAACCCGAAAAAUAUAAAAGAACAAAAUUACCUGUGCCAUUUAAAGAUCGCUGUGAGUGGUUCUAUGAACAUUUGCACUCAGGACAACCAGAUUCUGACAUGGUGCACAGGCCAGUGAAUGAAAAUGAUAUCCUGCUUGUUCACAGAGAUUCUAUUUUUAGGAGUAGCUGUGAAGUUGUGUCAAAAGCAAACUGUGCAAAGCUAAAGCAAGGAAUUGCUGUACGGUUCCAUGGAGAAGAAGGCAUGGGCCAAGGUGUUGUGCGUGAGUGGUUUGAUAUUCUGUCUAAUGAGAUAGUGAAUCCUGAUUAUGCAUUGUUCACCCAGUCAGCUGAUGGAACAACUUUUCAGCCUAAUAGUAAUUCCUAUGUAAAUCCUGAUCACUUGAACUAUUUCCGGUUUGCUGGACAGAUCUUGGGAUUAGCUUUGAACCACAGGCAGCUGGUCAACAUUUACUUCACAAGAUCGUUCUAUAAGCACAUUCUUGGUAUCCCUGUAAAUUACCAAGAUGUGGCAUCCAUUGAUCCAGAAUAUGCCAAAAAUUUGCAGUGGAUUUUAGAUAAUGACAUUAGUGAUCUGGGUCUAGAACUAACCUUUUCUGUUGAAACUGAUGUGUUUGGAGCAAUGGAAGAGGUGCCUUUGAAACCUGGGGGUGGAAGUAUUCUUGUGACACAAAAUAACAAAGCGGAGUAUGUCCAGCUUGUUACUGAACUUCGAAUGACUAGAGCCAUUCAACCUCAGAUCAAUGCUUUUUUACAGGGCUUUCAUAUGUUCAUUCCGCCUUCCCUCAUACAACUUUUUGAUGAAUAUGAAUUGGAGCUACUGCUUUCUGGCAUGCCAGAAAUUGAUGUGAGCGAUUGGAUAAGAAAUACAGAAUACACAAGUGGCUAUGAAAGAGAAGAUCCAGUUAUUCAGUGGUUCUGGGAAGUUGUGGAAGGCAUUACUCCAGAGGAGAGAGUUCUUCUCUUGCAGUUUGUUACUGGCAGUUCCAGGGUCCCACAUGGUGGAUUUGCUAAUAUCAUGGGUGGAAGUGGAUUGCAAAACUUUACAAUUGCUGCUGUGCCAUAUACUCCAAAUCUCCUACCAACUUCAAGCACGUGCAUCAACAUGCUCAAGUUACCUGAAUACCCAAGUAAAGAAAUACUCAAGGACAGACUUCUUGUGGCGUUACAUUGUGGCAGCUAUGGUUACACAAUGGCUUAAAGAACUCUGGAAAUUUCAUCCGAUUACUGAUGCGCAAUUCAGAGUGGCAGAAAUAAUUUAGGAAACUGUCAACAGAAAAGGAACCUAAAUGCACCCCAUAGGCAGGGCUGAUGUUUAAAAUUCAUAAAGGAUCACGCUUUCUACCCUCCCUUCCCGCUUCCCUUUUAUGUUUUCUGUUUGCGGCACAAUUAGAAAAUAUAAAAUCACAGUGGUCUUCAAUUUAAAAAGUGCUAAUUGAAAGUAGUAGAAAUUGUCUUUUUUCAUAUUUCUUUACUCUUAUGCAAGAUUGUGUUAAGGCAAAAAUCUUAUUCUACAUUCCACCUCCACUAUGUAACUGUCUUGUUGAAAGGGUGUUUUCUCUUUAUUUUCCUAUAUAUUAAAUUAUAUUAGAACAUCCAGCCUGGUAUGUUCUGUUGCAUGUAAAGUGCUGUUUAUAUUUUAGAAAACUAUUGUAUAGAAUGUAUUAAUUUAGAUUGUGUAUAAAGCCACAAAUAUGUAUUUUCCCAUAUUGAAUCUAUAUUGCAAUGAUGUUUUUUAGCUUUUUAAUAUUUUAAUAUAUAAUGUAAAGUUUAGACUGAUGUGACUAACAGCUGAUGAAAUGACAAUUUAUAUAUUAAAGCUUAUAUUGUAUGGAUUAUUUGCAUCUCUCAGUGGUCAGUUUUCCAUAUAUGUAUUGUAGUCUCAAAGUUUUUCUUAUGCCCUAUUUUAAUUUGUAUUUUAGGCAAAACUAAAUGUAAUAUUUUGCCACGUUCUUUUUAUUUUAUCUGUGAGUUCUGUUAACAUUUGAAGAAGUAAUCCAGUGUGCAGAUUACUAUUUAAAUAUGUAAUUUUUUAUUCUUGUUUGUUUUUUGUGAUUAAAAUACUGAGAUCAGGUGACAUAUGCCUAAUACAGAGCUUUGGGUUCUUAAAUUUUAUGGUGAUCUAAUCAAUAUUCUUUUGAAAGGAUACACUUGAGUAGUUGCAGCAUACCUUUUAAGGGGAAGUAGGAAUGCUUACAUAUUUAGAAGUGCUAACAGAGGAACUUAUAAUGUCUAGGACUUUGCCUUUGGAAACUAAAAGUACACUAUCCAAUGGUAUUGAUGUUGGUAAAAUGACUCAUGCAGAUUUUUUUCUAUGAGUGGCUAGUCAUAUUUUCAACAUACAUUGACAGCUUUGAUACGUUAUAGAGCUUCUUGAAUAUAUGUCUUUUGGUCUUUUGUUAUUGCAGAUAUAUAUAUAUACGUAUAUAUAUGUAUUGAUAUAUAUGUAGAGAGAAAGCAUUUCUGAACAAAUUAAUUUCAAAACUAGGAAUUCUUUAAAAAUGACAAUUAGCUUUAAAAUUAAGACUCAGAUGCAUAUUUAUGAUAAAUGAAGCUCAUUAAAAAUUUGUAUUCUCAAAGUUCACUUGUUUAAGAGGUUGCCUUCUGGGUUUUCAAAUAGGUAACUGACCGCUUUAAUAUUACAUUCCUUAUAAUUUUAAUGUUUACAAACAUUUAUUUCUGUUUUGUACAAUACAUUGGGUUUUGUCAGAUUGGUCCUUCUGCAAGUAUUUAUGUAGAAGAGAUAUUAAAAUAUUAAAAAUCUCAUGGUAUUUUACCCCUGAAUUUGAAUAUUUUUGAUACAAAUUUAGCAAAUUCAAGGUUUAUUUUUUAUGUUGUUUUUAUUUUUUAACUAUAAGAAUGUAGUUAAUAUAAAAUAUUUUAUAUGGAUUAAAAAUACUAUUUUAAGCAA